GGACUCUGUUUCUCUGCGGGGCUGCUUAGCCAGCCAGAGGGUGGUGGUGCUCCUGGAAGUCCUGAGCUGGGGUCGGCUGGAAGAUGACCGAAUAUAAGCUGGUAGUGGUGGGAGCUGGUGGCGUCGGGAAGAGUGCUUUGACGAUACAGCUCAUCCAGAACCAUUUUGUCGAUGAGUAUGACCCCACGAUAGAGGAUUCCUACAGAAAGCAAGUCGUCAUCGACGGAGAGACCUGCUUGUUAGACAUCUUGGACACCGCCGGGCAAGAGGAGUACAGUGCCAUGAGAGACCAGUACAUGCGAACGGGGGAGGGAUUCCUCUGCGUCUUUGCCAUCAACAACACCAAGUCCUUUGAAGACAUUCACCAGUACAGGUGG